UCGAUUUUCCGAUGAUAUUUUUCCCUGUCAAAGUGCUUAAUUUGAACAAACGAAUUGUUUGAAUAUUGUAAGAUUCAAGUGAAUGUGAUUGAAUGUUGAAAAUUAUCGACUAUAUUAAGAAAUGCAAUGUUUAAAUCUUUCCUGAUUAUGGGGAAAUUAUUGAAAUGAUAUUCAUAGAUAUUCAACUGAAAAGUAUCGGAGGAAAACUACUCUGUAUGCUGUGUACUAUAAUUAUCGAGUCUAAACAAGUAUGAUGAUGUUGUCUUCUUGGUUUUUUAUUGUAAAAAAUUAUUAUUACUUUUUUCAUUGCUUGCGGUGAUUUUUUCUUAAUAAUAUAAAUAAUCUGAAUUCAACGUUUAUUUUCAUCAAUUUCAUUCAACUCCGAUCAUCUUCUUUAUUUUUUGUGUUGGUGAAUCUUGAGGAAGAAAUUCUUCAUAUGAGUUGUUUUUUUGAAGAUGGUAGACGGGGAUAACAAAGAAAUUGAAUUGCCACAAUCAACAUCAACCACAGAAACUCAGCAAGAUACACAACAGACACAAGACCAAGAAGAACUAGGUACUCAGCAACCAACAGACACUGGAUCGGAGGAAACAAAAGUCACAGUAGGUGACUCAAUAGAUGUAUCAUCUGUUUCAACACCAGAAUCAUCUCCAAAAUCUUCACCCUCAUCUACAUCCACAGUUACCGCAACAGCAACUGUAACAGAAACAGCAACAUCUUCAUCACCAAUCUCUGGAGAUGAAACCAAUAAUAGCGAUUCAGCUAGAUGUAACAGCAGUGACAGUCCUACGAUUAAACCUACCCCUACGAUUGCCAAUGCAACUUCUAACACCAAUAGUUCGACCGUGUCCUCUGCUGUAACAAACGAAGCUAAAUCCAAUGUUUCUACAUCUCAAGCUCCAACCAACAGUAUACAUUUGAACAACAUUAGCUCUAAAAAAAGUGAAAUCCCCGCAGUUAGCCUGAAAUCAAUCCUGGAAGAUUCUAGUAUAUCAAAUGCUGUCAAAUUAAAUCUACUGUGUUCAAGAAUAGGUAAACAAUCAAAUUCAGUUGAUACCGGAGAUGGCAAUAGAGGUACCGAUAUUAGUAACAAUAGUUGCUUGAAUGAAAAUCUGGCAGUUAUUGAUGAAUCAAGCUAUAUAACCGAUUCCAUCCUUCAUCUUCUAACUAGUGAUGAUAUGCAACGUCUCUUGGAUGGUGAAUGUUUGAGAUUAUUUUUUCGAGAUUAUCUUAAACAAUUGCCUGUAAAAUGCGUAGCCGAAAUAUUAAGUGUACUGAUUGCAGUUUUGAAAAAAAGCCUUCUCAAUUUAGAAUCAGCAAAGGAAAUAUUGAUUGAUUGUUUGAGGCAUUAUUGCAACAGAUAUUCAACAACAACAACAACAAAUAGUGAUAACAAGGUCUCAUUAAUGUCAUCAUCGUCAGUCUCAUCGUCCAUCAACAGUGGUACAGAUAAUUUAAUCAGACACUUUCUUCGUGAAAUAAUUAACCUUUUAGCAAGUUACAGUUGUGAUGUACAAAAGUUGAAAUAUCUUUUAGCCUCGUCCCAGGAGGAUUCCCGACUUCUUCAUAUUAUUCGAAGUGCAAAUAGUCAUCAGAAAGGACGCCCAUCAGCUUUCUUUGCAUUUCCAGGCACCAAAGGUUCUGUAUUAGCUCUUCCUCCCUUGGUUAAAUGGCCUACUCAAAAUGGUUGGACCUUUAUCUCAUGGUUUCGUUUGGAGCCCAAUUCUAUCAACUCUCAACCCUAUCUUUACUUUUUUCGUACAUCCAAAUCGGGUGUAGGUUAUUCAGCUCAUUUUACUGGCAACUGUUUGGUUUUAACCAGCAUGAAGAUCAAAGGAAAAGGCUAUCAACAUUGUAUACCAUAUGAAUUUGUCCCUUUCAAAUGGUAUCAUUGUGCUAUUGCCUAUGUUGCGAAGUGGAGGUCCAGUGAAAUCAAGGUUUUCGUCAAUGGACAGUUAACAGCCAAUACAGAAAUGUCCUGGCAAGUUCAAACGCAAGAUAUUUUUGACAAGUGUUUCAUCGGAGGAACUGCUGAUCUUGUUUCUGAAUCACACCUUUUCUGUGGUCAAUUGUCAGCCAUCUAUCUUCUUCAUGAAGCUCUUAAUCCAAGUCAGAUAUGUGCUAUCCAUCGAUUGGGACCCAGUUAUAUGGGACAAUACCGUUAUCCCAAUGAAAUGGGUCUUUUUGAUAACAUGCCUAUGAUGAUGAAAAAAGUCUUGUAUGAAGAAAAACUUUCCAGUGCAUUGAUUAGCUUAUACACUCCAGUUGCCGUUGAAGGUGAUACAUUAUGUCUCCAAUCAGCUCCAAAAGGAAAUGUUUCAUAUUUCGCAUCAAGUCCUCAUGCUGCCUUAUUAGGUAAUACUAAGGCUAUUAUAACCCGGUCGAUAAAUGAUACGUUACAAUCCAUUGGAGGUAUUAAAGCUCUUCUUCCAAUUUUAAAUCGUUUUACCGGUUUACAUGGUUCCAUUCCAGCUGAUUCAGAGGCUUGUUCAACAUUAAUAGGUUUUAUCUGUGAUUUACUUGAAUCUUCUCCUCUCUGGUUUGGUAAUGAAGUUGUCCAAUCUCACGGUUUUGUAAUAAUCUCCUCUCUCCUUGCCAAAAAUCCAAGGUACCUAAUCAAUGAGGAAACCCUUGAGAUAAUUUUAAAUUUAACCAAAACCCUCAUGUCCGCAAUGUCAACCUCUUCUCUGACGAGCUCAACUGGUGACAGUAUUCUUUUAAAACAAUUAAUGGAUAGCAUUUUGUUCAAUUCUUCUUUAUGGAUCUACGUUGACGCCAAACUUCAAAUUCGUUUAUAUUGUUACUUGGCCACAGAAUUUCUCACCGUAGGUGCUGCAGCCUCAUCCUCUUCCUCCUCCUCCUCACCUGGAUCAAACUGUGAUAUAUCUUCAACCGUUACCAGGGACAGUGGCAAUGAUUCAAUGAACAGUGGUAGUUUCUCUUCAGCAAGUACCGGUGUUGGUUCAACAUCAAGUACUGGUGGAGUAUCAUCUCCCGGAGGUGGAGUAAUAUUCAGUGAAGUUCGCAGAAUCUCAACUGUCCUUCAAUUACUCCAUUCCCUUAAAUACUACUACUGGCUAGUUCCAGAAGAUUGUGGUUCAUUAGACUCACAUGGUUUACCAGGAGCUAAUAUGACAACUACUUUAGGAAUUUAUUCAAUAUCAACUCAACCUGUUCAAGUUAAAGCUCGAGAGUCUUGUUUUAGACCUUCCAAAAAUGACCUUAUUUCCAUUCGAAGUUACAUCCUGCUGUUCAUUAAACAGCUUAUCAUUAAAGGCAAUGGUGUACACCAUGAUGAACUUCAAGCUAUCCUUAACUAUCUGUCCACUGUUCACCAAGAUGCUAACCUUUUAGAUGUUUUACAAAUGUUACAAACACUUAUGGUUGAGCAUCCAUCUUCAAUGAUUCCAGCAUUUGACAUGAAAAAUGGUGUUCGAACAGUUUUCAAGCUUCUCGAUUCACCUAAUGAAGAAAUUCGUAUUCAAUCAAUAAAGCUAUUGGGCUACUUUUUGUCUCGGUCUACAGCCAAAAGAAAGCAAGAUGUGAUGGGUCCCAAUAAUUUGUUUAUGCUUUUACGUGAAAGGCUGAUUAAGUUCACUCCAUUAUCAAUCGAUACUUAUAAUGUGCUUUUUGAAAUUCUGGUGGAGACACCGAUUGAAACUAUCAGAUCUAACGGAACAGGAGGUUUUAGUAGUCUUCGCAUUGAGAAUCCAAUGAUAUUAAAAGUAAUUGCUACUUUAAUCACUGAUGGCAAGAAAUCAACAACAUCGAACCAGGCUAAUUCUGGCAAAACAUCAGACCCGCAUAAUGUAACCACCAUAAAAUCAACUUCAGGAUAUCAUCACAACUUAGAAGGAAGAAGUGAUCGUAACAAAAUUAAAAAAUUAUUCAUCAGCGAUUUAUGGCGAUUGUUGGUGAAUAAUCGUGAAAAUAGAAGAUUGGUUCUUCAAAUGUCUGUCUGGCAACAUUGGUUAAUCAACUUGGUUGAAGAUCGUAAUGAUCAUAUUGUUCGAGAUCAAAUUCUUGCAAUCUUCAGAGUACUCUUGUAUCAUGCUAUUAAAUAUGAAUAUGGCGGCUGGAGAGUUUGGAUUGAUACGUUGGCAAUUAUCCAUGCGAAAGUUAGCUUUGAUGAUUUUAUGAGUCAAUUUGGUGGUGCAGGGGAAAAGAGAAAUAACAUCAGUAAUAAUAGUAUUAAUCAUAAUUUGAAUGGUAUAUCAUCAUCAUCACCUUCAUCAUCGGCAGUUUCACCCUCAACAUCUUCAUCUCAGUCAGUUCCAAUAAACACUAAAGUAUCAGGUGAAUCAAACAGAUCAGAUAAAGCAACAAAGCCAGCUGAAUCCAAUGCAAAUCAAGAAGUAGAGUCUGCAGAUAAAUCAACCAAUCUUAAUGAUUCUAAUAAAGAUCCUGAUGAUAAACUCAUCGAAAAACCACUUCCUUCAGAGGUUUCUGAGGUUGCAGAUGAUGAAGACAGUAGACCCGAAGACGACAGAGAGAAAAAUUCUGCUGAAGUAACCUCAGAAACCACCAAAGAACCUGUUGAAACUGAAAGUGAAUCUGAAUUAGCCUCACGUAAGGAUAAUGAAGCACAAGAAAAAGCUGAACCUUCUAAAGAAGCAAAUAAACCUGAAACAUCAUCAGAUGAAAGCUCAAAACAAGUGAUUGAUAAAGAAGAAGAUAAAAUUCCAGAUUCUUCAAAUGUUUUACCAGAAGAUCAAGAAUCCAUUAAAAAGGACGAUAAGAUUGAAGGUGAAGCGCCAAAAACUGAAGAAGAAGUAAAAGAAACCGAUGAAGAGAAAAAAGUUGAAGAAGAUAAAGAUGAGAAUAAAGAUGAAGAUGCAGAGAAGGAAGAAAAGGAAGUUCGUGAACCAGCCAUCAGCACAAUUAGCUCAAGUCAAACUAAUCAAUCUUUGGAAAACGUGGACGGUGAUAGAAAGAAAAGAAAUUCACAGCCAGAGACUCCAGAUUCGGGUGACACAGAAACUGACCUUGCUCCAAGUCGAGCAUAUCGUAAACAUCAUCCAAACAGUUUGAAAGAAUUUUACACAAAUUUACUUCAAGGAGGACGGCAACGAUCUUCGUCUUCAUCUUCUUCUAUGCAAAAUGAAAAGAUAUCUGGAUCAGCUUCAGCUACACCAGCUUUUCGGAUUCCCGAAUUUCGCUGGUCUUCACUUCAUCUUAAACUUCUCAAUGAUCUCUUCUAUUCCAUUGAAUGUGACCUGCAAAUGUGGAAAAGUCAAAGCUCUAAAGACGCAGCCAAUAGUGGCUCUGGUCGAGAUAUUGAGAAUAAAUCUGGAGUCAUCUUGACUGUCUCAGCAACUCAAUUAGAUCAAAUUUUACAGCAUCCCGAUAAUCAAAUUUACAUUGUCAACUCAAUUCAUCUUUUCUCUCAGCUAUGCGACAAUAUCAUUAUUGCUUCGGGAGGUUUACUACCUUUACUAGCAACAGCGACUGGUGGAAACAAUUCAUCUUCUGGGAAUGCUAAUGGAAGCAACGCUGCAGGUACAGGUGGUGAGGGUUUAACUUUAGCUCAAGCAAAUGCGCUACUCUAUCGAUUGGUAAAUAUGGCUGAUAUUUUGUGUUUUGCCGCAACUCAUAUCAACUUCGCUGAACUGGAGAGUGAAAAGAAUAUGUCAUCCGGAGGUAUUUUGCGACAAUGUUUGCGACUGGUUUGUACGGUCGCAGUGAAAAAUUGUCUUGCUGUACAGAAACAUCAUGAAGAAAAUGGCAGUUCACUUGAUCCUCUUAAUUUGGGUAAAGAUGGUUAUAGCUUGGGUACUUCUAUUAACGCUGCUGCUGAGCUCUUCAAUGAUUAUGGUUAUGGAGGCUCAAGUGGAGGUGGAGGUAGUGCACACAACAUUGAACCAACUGAUAUAAUUUUAUCUGAUAUGGUACCUAGUUCUAACCCUGAAUUGGUUUCAGGCUCAUAUCUUCCAUUUCACCAUUUACCAAUCAAAGAUCCAACCAAACUUCUACAAGAAAUGGAUGUCAAUCGACUUAGAGCUUGUAUAUAUCGUGACGCCGAAGCUGAUACCAAACAAUCUCAGUUUCUUGCAUUGGCAACUCUUUAUUUCAUUAGUGUUCUCAUGGUUUCUGAAUAUCGAGACAUCAUUGAAUCUAAAAGUAACCAAAAAGAUGUUAAACGUUCAACUGGUACAAUUGGAACAGACAUGGAAGAUUGUCACGAUGAAGAUGUCAGUUCAUCAGGAUUGUCAGAAAUUAAAGGCUUGAGCAAUUCAAUUAACAUCAACCCCACUAGUAUUGGUAAUAUGUUGACAUCUAAACUAGAGGCUCGUUUAUCAUCAAUUUGCCCUCUUUUACGAGAAAUUAUGUGUGAUUUUGCCUCAUUCUUGUCAAAAACAUUGCUUGGUUCACAUGGACAAGAUUUAGUUUCCAAAGAGGCUGUCAGAACUUUCCGCCGUCCCAAUGCUAGUCCUGUGGAGCUUGUCAUGUUACUUUGUUCUCAGGAAUGGCAAAAUACAUUACAAAAGAAUGCCGGUCUUGCUUUUAUCGAAUUGAUAAAUGAAGGUCGUUUAUUGAGUCAUGCAAUGAAAGAUCACAUUGUUCGUGUUGCAAUGGAAGCUGAAUUUAUUCUUAACCGAUUAAGAGCAGACGAUGUCUCUAAACAUGAACAAUUUUCUCUGGCUUGCCUAGAAACUCUGGCAGCUCGUGCCCAUGAAGAAGCUUUAAUUAACUCAUUGAUUAAUUCAGCCAAGCGUCGCGACAGAAUGAUUUUCACGCGUUUCAAGGAAUCAUUAUCACAACAACAAAAAAGACUUGAAACUGAUCGAUCAAAAUUGUUUUACAAGCUUGAUACAUGGGAAGAUGAUGCUCGUCGUCGUCGUCGAUUUUUACUUGAUCCUUAUGGUGAAGAAAAUGUAGCUCGAAUGGAAGCUGUAAUUAAUGAACCAAAAAGUAAAACCUCUGGAAAGGAUGAUAAAGAGGGCCAUUCCUUACCUGCUCAUUUAAUUGUACCAAAACAACAACAACCUUCUUCUAAUCGAACAGAAAGUGACGAUGAAACUGAACUCUUCUUAUGGGAAUCAGAAGAUAUGAGCUCAUCUGUUAAUGGUGAUGUCGAUGAUAGACCAUCUUCUGCUGCUGAGUUUGUUGGAACUGUUUUGUAUUCAGUUGAAUGUAACUUAAUCUGGAACAUUUAUUCAAUCGAAGGAACUCUUCAAGUUACCGCAAACGAACUGUUUUUUGAAGCUAUAAAUAUUAAUGAGACAUUAUCGGUCGAUGGUGCAUGUAUUUCCAAGCAAAACAGUGAUGGUGAACGGAAAACUAAAUCUCGACCUUCUUCUGGAAGUUCACGAGACAAAAUACCUGAAGAAAAUUUAAAAGGUCUUGCUGGAUCGAGCAGUUCUAAACCUGGACGAGGAGGUUUCCGUGAUUUAGAUCUUCGUGUUCUUCGUUAUUGUGACCUUAUUAAUUACAAUGGAAAAGUUCCUUUCAAUGAGAUUCGAGCAAUAUUCAGUAGGAGAUAUUUACUUCAACCCGUUGCUCUUGAAAUAUUCUUAGCCCAAAGAACCUCCGUUAUGUUUGUUUUCCCCGAUUCCGAGACCGUUAAAAAAGUAGUCAAAUAUCUUCCAGCCGUUGGAGUUGGUGUUAAAUACGGUAUACCGCAAUCUCGACGUGCUUCUCUUAUGACACCAAAACAACUGUUUGCAGCUUCCAAUAUGACCCACAAAUGGCAAAAACGAGAAAUUACCAACUUUGAAUAUCUCAUGUUUUUAAACACAAUCGCAGGACGAACUUAUCAAGAUCUUAACCAAUAUCCAGUUUUCCCAUGGAUAUUGACCAAUUAUGAUGCACCCGAAUUGGAUUUAUCGCAACCAACCAAUUUCCGUGAUCUCAGUAAACCAAUUGGAGCUUUAAAUAGUGAGAGACGAGCUGAGUUUAUUGAACGUUACAAUUCUUGGGACAAUAGUCAUAUUCCUGCUUUUCACUAUGGAACCCAUUAUUCCACCGCUGCCUUUACCCUUGGAUGGCUAAUACGGUUGGAACCAUUCCAUUCCGCUUACCUUGCUCUACAAGAUGGGCGCCUUGAGAAUGAAUCUCGAUUAUUUACUUCAAUUCGAGAUGCUUGGCUUGGUUCAUUAAUGGGUGGCCAUCAAAACGUCAAGGAAUUAAUCCCUGAACUUUUUUAUCUACCUGAAGUUCUAUCUGGUACAGCACCUCAAGGUUCCAGUCGUAAACUUCGCAAUGUUGAGUUACCUAAAUGGGCAGACUCUCCUGAACAUUUUAUUCGACUUCAUCGAAUGGCCUUAGAAUCUGAUCUUGUUUCUUGUCAGCUUCAUCAAUGGAUUGAUCUUAUUUUUGGUUACAAACAACGUGGUCCUGAGGCAAUCAGAGCAGUUAAUGUUUUUUAUUACCUUACUUAUGAGGGUAACAUUGAUUUAAGUUCAAUCUCUUGUAAUGAUCCUGCCCUGAAAGAUGCUAUUGAAGCACAAAUCCGUCACUUUGGUCAAACUCCCUCGCAAUUAACCACUGAGCCUCAUCCACCUAGAAGUUCUGCCCUUCAUGUAUCACCAUUAAUGUUUUCACCAGUUAUGGAUGAAAUUUGUAUGUCCAUCAAGUUCCCAUUUAAUGCGGCAAUCACAGCAAUUGCUGCUUGCACUAUUAACAAUUCGUCCGGCUCCUCUGGUGCAUCAUCAACUUCUUCUUCAGCCUCUUCAACCAACUCAACUUCAUUGUCCAGUAUUCCUUCGUCCAUUGUUACCGUUAACAGUGCCCAACAUUAUCACAUUCACAAAUGGAAUCCCAAAGAGUCAAAUCAACCUUUCACCCUGGAUCCUGCCUUAACAACACCUUCUUCAACCUCAUCCUCUUCAUCCUCCAACAAACGUCAUCUACUUGAUACAACUUCCCUUUGUUGCUUAUCCUCUUCUUCGGCUCCUUAUUCCCCUCGAUACAUUGUGACAAUCGAUUCAAAGCACAUUAUUAUGGCACCCUUUUAUGACAAUUCAUUCCGCGUUUAUUCAACUGAAACUGGAAAGUUAACCCAAGUUAUUUAUGGGCACCGAGGUUUGGUUACUUGUUUGGCUCGAAGUGAAUGUAAUGUUGCUGUUGAUUUUUACGUUGCCUCAGGUUCAGUUGAUUGUUCUGUUCUUUUCUGGACUUGGAAUGCCAAGUAUGCUCAAAUAGAGGGCAAUAAUGGUGCCUCUGCCGUCUCUGGCAAUCCCUUACCCAAACUUAUUCUUACUGGUCAUGAGUCCAUGAUAAUGUCUAUUUUAAUCUCGGCCGAACUUGGUUUAAUAUCAAGUGGAUCUAAAAAUAUGAUUCUGGUUCAUUCCAUAACCAAUGGAGAUUGCAUCACAGUUAUUGAUGUACGCAAAAGACAUUUAAAUUUCACCAAUGUUUCUAGUUUAAAUUACAAAUCUGAGUUAGAUGAACAAAUUGAUAACAAAAAUGUUGAAGUUAAAGUUACACUGGAAGCCAGUAUGACUGGAGAAGGACAAGUUCAAUAUCAAUCAUCAUCAAAGGAUAAAAAGUCUGAAAAUAAAUCAAACCAAACCAGCUCCUUAUCAACUUCUUGCUCUCCCGGUGAAUCUAAUGAAACAACUGGUAUCGUUUGUAAUACAAAUAAUUGCUCAGAUGAUGAAGAUUAUUUCAUCACAAACCUUGUUUUAGCUCGAGAAUUGGCAUUUAUUGUUGGAACAGCAUGUUCUGUGGAUCAUCCUUCACCGUCAUCUUCAUCCAAAGCAAGCUCAACUCUUUCAUCAACAUCUACCGUUAGUGAACCAACUGCACUUUUGUUUACCUACAAUUUGAGAGGUGAAUUACACAAAUGCAUCAAUUUUCCUCGACCCAAAGACAUUUCAUCUCUAAUGAUGACCAUUACUCGUGACGGAGAGUACAUAAUUUUGAGUGAAUCACCGUAUAUGAUUAAAAUUUUGCGAACAUUUGAUGUAACUCCAUUAUAUGCACUCAAUACCAGUGAUUUACUAACAGCUUGUCCUAGCCCUGAAUUAGCUGUAAGAGAAACUGGCCAAGGAACCAAUGCAAUUAAGUCAAUUCUUCUAGUUGAUUAUAAAUAUCUACUGGUAGGAACCGAAAAUGGUCGACUGAUCAUCUACAAAUUAGAUUUUAAUCGCUGGCAUCAUGAAUAUUCUUCUCGCUACUGAUUAAAUUCAACAUCUUUAACCCACCUGUCUACCACGGACAACCAAACCCUUUAUCUCAUUCUAUCUCUCAUUACUUUCCCUUCAAAAUGCAAACUCUUUCUCUCAGCGUCUUUUUUUAUUUUGUCAAAAUAAAUAGUAUUUAGUGCCUAUUAUAUUACCACCCUAUUUCUAGUCUAGAGAAGCAGUAAGCUGAUUGAUGAUGAUUUUGAUGAUACCAAAAGCUUUCCAGAUACACUGGAUUAUCAAGGAUCAAAUCUGGAUAAAUCGCUCAGGAAAAAAACGCAAAUCAAUCGUUGCAUUAAAAGUAUUCGUCCACUUUGCUGCUUUAAUGACAACAAAGAUGACCGAUGACCGCAAUUUUCAAGUGGAUUUCAUCAAAAUAGAAAUUUUGAUUUUCCAGUUUUGUUUCAUGGGAAACGUAAUGAACUAAAUGAUGAACAAGACAUUCCCAGUGUGUAAAACAAAUCAACAUGCUCCAAUUAAUUGAUUAUGCAGCUUUAAAAGUUAACGAUUAUUUGCAAUUGAUGAUAGAUCGAAAUAAUUAACAAAAUUCCCUUUUUGCUGGUUUGUGUCAAACAAUGAUUGAGAUUGCAUCCAUUACAAGAAUACAUAUUCAAAUGAAACAAUUACAAUUAGAAGAUAAACAACACAAACAAGAAUUAACGCAUAAAAAACGAAAGAUUUAAUACAUUUCCCUUUUCCAUGGAUUGAUUCUGCUUACCAACCAGAUCAUACUAAUUGAUUAUUAUUAUUAUUAUUAUUACAAUUAUUAUUAUGCAUUAUUUAAUUUUCUUUUCCUUUCCUUUAUAUUUCCUUUAUCUAACAACAAAUCAUAAAGAAGGGUAUAUUUGGACAAAUGGUUAUUAAACAAAAAACACUUUGUUGUAAA